AAGAAAAAGAAAAUUCUUACACUAAGCCCUCGCUGUUUUGCCACUUUCGCUCCCUAACGAACUAUCGCCUCUCUGGUGGAACGUGUCGCCGGCCACCGCUUUGUUAAGCAUAUAGAUUGACUGAUUGAGAAUGGGGUUACCAAAUGCGAUUGGGGACUUGUCCACUGAAGUGGAAGUAGAAGCAUUCAGACGCCUCUUUCCUCUUCGUUUCUAUGAGAAACAUCUUUCAGAAUCUAUACGCCCUGAUGCUCGGCCACUUGGAAGAGCAAGAGAUACCACCAUUGCCCUUGGGGCUGUUGCAUCUGCUAAUGGUUCAGCACUUGCAAAAAUUGGUUCAACUACAAUGUUGGCUGCUAUCAAAAUGGAGGUCAUGACCCCUUCAAUGGAAACACCAGAUGAGGGUUGUAUAGCUAUUGAUUUCCACAUGCCUCCAAUUUGUUCUCCAAUUGUUAGGCCUGGCAGACCAGCUGAGGCAGCACCGGUUGUGUCAAAGCAGUUAUCUGACACUAUUCUAAGCUCUGGCAUGAUUAAUCUUAAGGAACUGUCCUUGGUUAGUGGAAAAGCUGCAUGGAUGGCAUAUUUGGACAUAUACUGUUUGGAUGCUGAUGGUGCUCUUUUUGACACUGCAUUACUCUCAGCUGUUGCUGCCUUUUCUCAUUUGGACAUCCCAGAAGUAUCUCUCAAUGAUGAUGGAAAAAUAGUUCUUCUUUCUGAGGAACAAGAAGGAAUGUCGGACAGGGAGUCAGUCAACAAGGAGAAGAGAAAAGUUACUCUGAGCAGCGUUCCAUUUUCAUUGACAUGUAUACUUCACAAGAAUUACAUUCUGGCGGAUCCUACUGCUGAGGAAGAAUCUAUUAUGGAAACUCUUGUAACUGUAGUUUUAGAUUCAUCUAGUCAACUUGUGUCGCUUUAUAAACCUGGUGGACCAGUUCUUGCAUAUACAUCAGCUAUCCAGGAUUGCAUUGCAUUAACACGGCAAAGAGCAAAAGAACUUCAAAAGAUUCUCGAUGAAGCCAUUUCUGGUAUGGAGGUUGACUAAUCUUGCUGCUACUCAUUUGAGGGGUUUGUUGGUCAAUUUGUGCAGUUAAU